AUGGCCAAUCAACACCACCACAACCAUGGUCAAAACGGCCAAAAAGACACCCAAGUAGUAGUAGUAAUGGUGCCACUACCAGCUCAAGGCCAUCUCAACCAGCUCCUACACCUCUCCCGCCUCAUCACCGCCUACAACAUACCAGUCCACUACGUGACCCCCACCACCCACGGCCGCCAAGUCAAGCUUCGAGUCCAAGGUUGGGACCCUCUCGCCACCACCAACAUCCACUUCCAUGAAUUCCCAAUCCCUUCCUUUGUCUGUCCUCCGCCAGACCCUAAUGCCUCCUCCCCCUACCCCUCUCAAAUUUUACCAUCAUUUCGAGCCUCAUUAAGUCUUCGAGAGCCAGUCGGUUCUCUUCUCCGAUCACUCUCCGCCACAACUGAAAGAGUCAUCGUUAUUCAUGACUCUUUAAUGGCUUCCGUGGUCCAGGACGUCCCUUCAAUAGCGAACGCAGAGUCUUACUGUUUUCUAAGUACGUCAGCUUUUUCUACCUCCUUAUUCUCCUGGGAAGCCACAAGAGAACCUGUCUCGAUUGAACCCGAAAUACUGAAAGAGUCUCCAAGCUUCGAGAGCUGUUUUGUACCAGAGCUCUUGGAGUUUGCCGUAGCCCAAGAUAAUUACAGAGAAUUCAACUCUGGAAGUCUUCAUAACUCAUGCAGAGUCAUAGAAAAUCAUUACCUUGAUAUACUUGCAAAGAAAGAGAUUAUAGGAUCUGUUAAGCAAUGGGUUAUUGGGCCAUUCAAUCCGGUGGAGAUACCCAAAAACGAAAAUUCAAACGGACCACAACACCCAUGCUUGGAUUGGCUUGACAAACAGCCUCCAAAAUCCGUGAUAUUUGUGUCAUUUGGAACCACCACUUCAUUAACUGACGAACAAACCAAAGAGCUCGCGAUUGGGUUAGAAAAAAGCGAGCAAAACUUCAUCUGGGUGUUGAGAGAUGCAGAUAAAGGAGACAUGUCUGCAGGAGAGGUAAAAAGAUCUGAACUGCCAGAAGGGUUUGAAGAGAGAGUGAAAGGAAGAGGAAAGGUGCUGACAGAUUGGGCACCCCAGCUAGAGAUUUUGGGACAUCCUUCCACAGGUGGGUUUUUGAGUCACUGUGGAUGGAAUUCAUGCUUGGAGAGCAUAAGCAUGGGGGUGCCAAUGGCGACUUGGCCGAUGCAUUCAGAUCAACCGAGCAACGCUUUGUUGAUAACGAAGGUGCUGAAAGUGGGUCUGGCGGUGAAGGAUUGGGCUCGGAGACAUGAGAUUGUGAACUCAUUAAUGGUGGAAAAUGCUGUUAAAAGAUUGAUGGUGUCGGCCGAAGGGGAAGAGAUGAGGAAGAGGGCGGGCGAAUUGGGUGGUGCUGUUCGGAAGUCGGUGGAGGAGGGCGGCCUUUCUCGCCUGGACAUGGAUUCUUUCAUUGCUCACAUCACCAGAUAG